GAUAUAUUGGCAGACUUUCCAGGGCCAGAGCGAAGGAGGAGUACAGAGCGAAGAAGAAAGCCAAACUUGGUGAAACCCCGACUGUUGGUGCGUGCUCUGAAAAGUGUGAUGGCAGCAAAAGCAUUCCGACCGUUAGCAAUUCGCUCCAGAGGAGAAAACAGCCUACUAGACAAGCGAAAGAAGUGUUUAACGCCGCUCUCCUACCUCCGCGGCUAUUCUGCACAGAUCGUUAUCCUUUAUCAGGCCGUAUUAACUGCUACUCCAGACCUCAGUAUCUCCUUGAUCUUGUAGAAGUGUUAGAUGGGUCUCGGGAGUUAGCGUGGCUUAAACAAUCAUGCUUUGGUCGUUUGUUUGACCUACCAGUCCGAAGAAGUUCGUUAUCUGGGAAACUUGUGCAUCAAUUUCUAUGUAGGUCACUAGUAACUCAGAAAAAAGAAGAGCUGUGGUUUGUUUUUGGGGGGCAUCCCAUCCGUUUUUCUUUGAGAGAGUUUGGACUCAUUACAGGACUCUACUGUGGACCAUAUCGAUGUGAAGAAACACUUGAUAAUAUGAAGAAUCCUCCUGAUCCUGAAGGUACAAGUCAAACUGUUGCUGAAGCUCAAAAUCCUCCUGAUGCUGAGGAUCCAAAUUCUCCACCACCGUACUUUAAGACUCUGAUAGGACCCAAGAAAUCAUACACUAUAAAAUCUAUUGUAGAUAUGUUAAAGCUGGACAAGAGGAUGCCUGAGGAAGAAAAGAUGGGUUAUCAGCGCAGGUUGAGACUGGCUCUCCUAGUAAUUGUGGAUGGAAUUUUGGUGUGCGACACUUCUACUGUCAGAGCAACUUAUGAAGUUGUGGGCAUGCUAAAAAAUUUAGAUACUUUUGUCAAAUAUCCAUGGGGCCGUAAGUCAUUUUCUAAGACCUUGGAGAUGGUAAAAGUUGGUGUCGGGCAAGUUGAAAGUGUAGAAGAGCUUGUGGAAAGGCUAAGCCAAUCUCAUGCAGCAACUCAUGGGUUCACUCUUGCCAUCCAACUUCUUAUCCUGGAAGUUGUCCCUCUGUUAGAAAAAUACCUUCCUGACCCUAAAGAUGAGCUUACUCUUAGUGACCGCAAUGUUCUAGAAUUGACUUUCUUGAAGUGUUAUCACAAUUCCAACAUCCUUGAAACAGAGCUAGAUCCAAGUGUAAGUGAAUAAUCAUAACAUCAUGGUAAGUGGUUAGUUAUGUUGCUUCCCCUAACUUGUUAAGUUUCAUUUUAUUUAUGCUUUAGCUUAAGGUGGAGAGCAUUAUACAUGGUGAUGAAGAUGGAGAACUGGAAGACUACUCAUGGGGUGAAGAUGAGACGGGAGAUGUUGCAGUGGAGUAUAUGUCUAGAAUGAUUAAAGAAGGACACAAAUUUAAGAAAGAAGACUGGCACGGCGGUGUGGAGAAUCAACCAUUGAUAACAGCGUGUUUGAGGACUAAAGCUGAAAAACUCACUGCAAAACAGAAAGGGAAAGCAAAAUGUAAACCAAAGAUGAAAACAAAGCCGCAAGGGGAAGGUAAAAGUGAUGGUGGUGAGUGUAGUAAGAUUCAUGUGAAAAAUCUGACUGCAGAAUACAUUUUUAGGGAGGUAGAGCGUAGGAAUUAUGAGCACAGUUUGAAGGUACAGGAAAUGAAUUAUGAGCACAGUUUGAAGGUACAACAAAUGAUCUUCUUAGAUAGGAAAACAAUGAGAGAUGAAGUUGUGAAUGCUGUUGUUGAUGCUGUUUUCAAAUGUUUGAGGGAGAAAGGUGUGUUUGGUAGCAAUGUUAACUACACGGAUUUGCUGAAUGAGAUAAACAGGUCACCUUGGUUUGUUGGUGGCGGUUCUGGCCAGGUACCAAACUUUGCUGGUGGCUGUUCUAACCAGGCACCAAACUUUGCUGGUGGCUCUUCUUACCAGGUACCAAGCUUUGCUGGUGAAGGUUCUAACCUUGUAUACAUAAAAGAAAAUGUAUUAAAUUUUGU